CUGGUGCGGCUGGUGCGGCUGGGGGAGCGCCACGGGCUGAUCCGGCGCGGCUGGCGGGCGCGCGGGCGGCCUCCGGAGACGUCCUCAUCUUCCUCGACUCUCACUGCGAGGCCAACGAGAAGUGGAUGGAACCUUUGCUGCAGCGGGCCAAGGAGAAGAGGGACUCUGUGCUUUUGCCGGUUAUUGAUGUCAUUUCGGACAAGAAUCUGGCUUAUUAUGGUCUUAGGAGAUUUCAGGAUGGAACCCUUACUUCAGAGAAUCAAGGAGAGCCGUUCUGCAGUGGUUGUCCCCAUCAUAGACGUGAUCGAUGACAAGACACUUGAAUAUUACAAUGGCAAUGGGCGUUACUUCCAGGUGGGAGGUUUUACGUGGAGCGGCCAUUUCACCUGGAUUGAAAUCAGUGACGCUGAGCAGAAGAGGCGAGGCAGUCCCGUUGGAGCAACCAGAUCACCUACCAUGGCAGGUGGAUUAUUUGCCAUCGAGAGGAAUUAUUUCUGGGAAGUCGGCAGCUACGAUAACGGAAUGGAUGUUUGGGGAGGAGAGAAUCUUGAAAUGUCCUUCAGGGUCUGGAUGUGCGGGGGUACCUUGGAGACUAUCCCCUGUUCCCGUGUCGGCCACAUUUUCCGUUCCUUCCAUCCCUACACAUUCCCUGGAAAUAAGGACACUCACGGACUCAAUACAGCAAGGUUGGCCGAGACCUGGAUGGAUGAAUACAAGAGACUGUUUUACUUGUAUAGGCCAGAGCUGCAGAAUGCAGACUGGGGUGAUAUCAGUGAGAGAAAAGACUUGAGGAACCGUCUUCAGUGCAAGAGUUUCAAGUGGUACCUCACAAACAUUUACCCUGAGAAAUAUAUCCUUGAUGAAGACGUUAUAGCCUUUGGUCGUGUGCGAAACUUUGCCUCGAAUCUGUGCCUUGACAUGCUAGAAAGAGAAGACAUCGACAGCCAGCCCUUCGAUCUCGGGCUGUACUCAUGCGACCACGCGCCACUCAGGAAUGAGUUUGUUAGCAUGUCCAAAAAUGGAGAGCUUCGUAGAGAGGAUGUAUGUGCGGAGGUACCCGUAUUCUCAGCGCAGGCUGUGGAGAAGGUCAGAAUGGUGCGUUGUCAUGGCCAACGUGGGAAUCAGGAGUGGUUGUUAGCAAAGACUGGGCACAUCAUACACAAAGCCACAAAUAAAUGCUUGGAUAGAGGAGACAAACAGGCCAUGGACGAUGUGUUUGUGACAACCUGCGCAAACACAAGGACACAGCAGUGGUGGUUCGAUCAUUACCUUCCUGUCAGUUCAUAUUAGCCUUGAGAUGUGACAAGACUAGCAAGAAUUUAUUAUUAUUAUUAUUAUUAUUAUUAUUAUUAUUUUAAUACUUUAUUUAUGAUGGUGUCUUUUACAUUUUUUGGGAAGUCAUGAUUCGGGGAAGUGGUAUGAUUUUCAGCAGUGGAGAGGCAGAACUCUAAAUUAUAUUUCGUAAAGGCUCAAACUUCUACAUUAGUGAAAAUGAUACCAUACCUUACAAAUCAAAAUUAAAUGGGUAUGAUAGAUUUUAUAAUCUCUUUUGUUGUAUAGAUAGUAAUGAUGAUUAUGAAACACCUAUAAACCAGUCAAGAAUGUAUGCGUCACGAAUGCAAGUAAUAUCUGUGAUUUCUGAAUUCUUUUCCACAUGUUAGAUGAAGAUCCUCAUAGAAUGUAAUCAUAAGGUGGAUUUUGUCUUAAGCUGGCCAGUUUUAUAUGGAUAAGAUGAGGACUUGGAGGUUGAGACAGAAAUAGUCAUAAGAUACUGAUAUUCAGUCUGUAGUGAGCUUUUAUACAUAUUUAUAUAUAUAUGAAAGUGGGCAGUGAUGUCUUUAAAUUAGUAGACAUAUAGUUUUUUAGGGUUUGACCUCUAAUGAGUAAGAUAGUGACAUAAGAUGAUACACUAUCACUGAACUUUGUUAUUCUCUCCUUUCAAAGAACAUCGUGUGAUUAGUAUUUUAUUGUUAUUCUUUCUUUUACAUAUUUAAAACACCUUGGCCACUAAUAAGAUUCAGGUCAUACCAGUCAGAUAUAUAAAGGAUAGAAUGGAAAUAAUGUAUAAGUAACAAUGAAAACUAUGAGCCAGUCUUGAACUGGGUACCACGUGUGCUUGCAGUACUGUGUGCUUUAUUUUGAAGGAUAGUAAUAAUAACAUUGUGUUGUUUGCAAUAGGCAAGUAUGAAUUUGUUGAAGAAUAAGGGUCAUCAUAUGGCUGACAAAAAAAGGAGCAAAAUGAAUCAGCAGAAAAAUUACAGACUCAUUGUGAAUUAGAGGAAAAAUAUUCAAUUUAAUUAUUUGCCAUUGUGAAGGAUACAAAGAGAAGCCAGUCAGGUUAUUAUUAUUAUUUUAUUAACAUUUUAUUAACAUUUUUGUUUUAUGUUUUUUCAUUAUCCAGCUCUCAGCUGGUAGAGUCUGUUGAUUUCUGCUGUUGUUUUCAUAUAGAUUUAUUUGAAGAAAAUGAAGGUGCAUUUACCUCUUUUUUCAAUAUGUUGACCUUACAAAGAGGACAGCACAUUUAAGCUUAGAUGAUAAACAUGUUGAAGUGAAGACUGUGUAGUUCACAAUGUGAUAAGAAUAAUACUAACAUUUUGAUUUUUUAUUUACUAAUUUGCUUCUUUUAUAUGUAUUGUGCUAUGCACAUUUUUUGUUUUUUUGAUAAUUUGUUUGCAAAUAACUGGUCUUUCUAAGGAGAGCAAUGGUUACCAGAAAUAUUUAACAUAUAUUUAGGAAAUAUUUGAAGUCUUUCUUAUUAAGAAUAUAUCUUUUACCUCUUAUGAUUUUCCAUUCUUUUGAUGACUUGUAAGGGUAAUCAGUUGAUUUUUUUAUGGGAAGAGUGAUUUUGUUUUGAUUCUCUUCACAAUAGUCAAGUAAAAUGAUGAAGUAGAAUAUGAAGACAUACUUCAGAUAACCUCAGUUUUUAGUUACCCAAUAAUUUCUCAAUUUUCCCCCAAUAUCUUGCAAAGUUGGAAUGUAACAGCCAUGUUCAUUGAUUUUUUUGUAUUUCAAGUUUACCAUGAGUCAGUAUUGAGGUGCCUUUUUGAGUGAUGAUAAUGACAAUGAUGUGGAUUUUUGCACCGACACCAUUCCAUCCAUGUAUUAUUGUUUUGUGUUCAGUUUUACACACAAUGUUAUAAUCAUUAUUACAUUUGCAUAGAUUGUAACAUGAAGUACAUUCCACUCUAUGUGAUCCUGUGUAUCUUAGUGCAUAUGUGCAGUAUAUGUAUGAUGUAAUGAGGAAUGUAUCUUCUGACUUUGUACAAAAGCCAAAUCCAUUACAUAGUCUGUUUCACUGACUGUUAAAAUAAAUUUGGGUUUUGGGUCAGCAACUCAGUAAGGAUUGUUGGAAUAUUAUGAUGAAAUACUGGUCAAGUUUGAUUUUGGUUGCAAUACACACAUUUUUGGGUGAAUUAUAGCCCUCUGUUGACUUGAGUUUUGCACUUCAGUCCUUGGAAUGGACUGUAAGUGGCAUAUGUACUAUCAUGUGUUGCUGCCUAAGGAAAACAAAAACAAAAUGAAAGUAUGUUAAGGUUGCACUGGUGAAUUGGAGGGCUGUUAUUGUUUAUAUUAAUGUUGUUACAAGAGGUUUAUAACAAGAUUUUCAGCCUUUUUAUCAAAAUAAUGAAUUCCAUAUUUGUGUUUUCUCAUCUUUUCAUUGUCUUUCUCUUUUACAUUUUGUUUUUUCUCCUCUAUCAUAGUCCAUAGCUCUUUCCAUUUUGUCUUUGUAGAGUAUCUUCUUUAAUUGAUUUGGACAUAAAACUGAUUCAGACGAAGACACUUCCAUUUGCUUUCGGUAAAAGAAACUUUCAAAAUGAAGUACAUGUAUGGAAAUGAGAAGAGUUCUGUUCCUUGGAAGGUGUGAAAUGAUAUGAAUCACACACAGAAGUAAUAUUAGACUGCAGCAAAUACCUGUGCAGAGUGUAUCAUAUUGAUACGCAUUUAUGAAUUUUGCACUAGGAGUUUAGCAUAAAUGAUAGCUUUCACUGUGAGUACGUGACUCGUUGGAAAUAGAUGUAGCUACUGUUACGGUGCUGAAAUUUCUGAGCUAGAGUAUCUCGAUCUGCUCUGUGAUUACAGUUUUUGUCUUUCAUUACUUCAUAACCCAUUUCUCCUCCUUUUCACUUUUUUGUUUAUUAAUGUCUUCAUUCUUCCACUUCUACCUCCUUUUCCUUGUCCUCGCCUCCUCAGAGGUACUGCUCAUUCCAGUGUGCACAGAUAAUGUUAAAGCCAGCUAAGUUAUUUAUCUUUAACUUCUGAGUAUUUCCAAAGUAUGAGAUGUUAUGCUUUAUCUUGAGAACAAAAAUAUGAGAAUGUUAAAUUUGAUUAUAUUUUUAUAUAUUUAAUAGUGAUUUCUACUGAAAACUACUGAACAGCCUGAUUUGGCUAUAUAGUAGUUUUCAGUGCAAUGUCAAUAUUUAACAACUAUAGACAAAUAAUUCAUUUUUCUUACAAAGUAUUCAUUUUAUUUUUAAAUAAAGUCAAUUUUUAAACAUGAUUUUGCUUUGAAAUGAUUAAUUUUCUCUUUUUUUUAUUAACUGUGGAGAAUUAACAUGUCUCCAUAUUUGUUCCAAAAAAUGAAAAGCAAAAUAUAAACAAAAUGAAGAAAGAAGUACAUGGAAUUUUUACACAUAAAGCUCUUUUCUUAUUGGCUGAGAACAACAGAGUUUAGAAAUAUGGUCAUGUUUAUGGUGUGCAAUAAAAGACAAUAGAUGAAACUUGUAGAAAACAAUAUUCUUCCAUUCUUUAUGACAAGAUACACAUGAGAACUUUGGCAUAUACUCCAAAUGUUGAUGGCAAGUGCUAUCUUUUGCAUUUUUUGGAUUAAACUACUAAUUGAUAAAUAUACUUUCUAUUCUGAUUUUAUAUAUCAAAUGUUUUAUGACAGUUGUUACACACGAUCAGAUAUAUAUAUAUUUUUUCUCUCUCUUUCUCAGUCUGUCUUUUUAAUAUAAUUCCUGUGACUUAUGUUGUUAGUUUGUUAACAUGCAGGAUUUUGUAGAAGUAAUUAAUUUGUUGAUUUUAUCCCGAGGAAAUUUGGAUUAUCAAAAAACCUCCACUGAUCCCUUUGUCAGCUUAUCCACCUCAGCAUAACCAGUAAUUUUUAAAGAGUGACCAAAUAUAUCAUUUUUUUACUAUUGACCUGAGUAGUGGAUUUUCUAAAAGUCAAGCUGAGGGCAAAAAAAGGCAAAAUGAUGUAGAGACCACAUUGCAUUAAAACCAAUUCAGGGAUAAAAUAUUGGUUAUCCAAAAGGAUGAAGCAGCUCCAACUGAGACGAGGCAGCUGUUAGGCCGAGUAAUGAUGUCCAGAUUCAGAUCACUGUCUCGAACCACUGGUGAAUGCUGGAUAAGUGAAGGUCAGCAUUGAUUUGUAUCUGGCGAAAAGUUGGUCUUAUUCUGUAGAAAUGCUGUAUAUCACUUUGGUUUUCUUCUAGACUGUCAAAUUAGGUCGCUUGAAAAUAUUUAGUAGUAUGUCAUGAAAUCAGAAGUUAGAUGUGAAGAAUAUCCAGACUUUGAAUAUAUUUGUCAGUUAUAUUGAUUCAAGUUAUUAUGAAAUGAGGGGUAAGAACCUGUUUUUAAAUAUGCAAAUGAAGAAACUUGUGAUUUUUAUGUAUCUUUAUUUCAUAUUCUUGUAAAAGGAUAUAUUUCUGUCCUUUAUUUGUUUCUCCUGCAAUGUUGAACUUAAAAGUUGAUAACAUAUGGUAAAUAGAAAUGAUAAUGUGGGUAAUUCCAAUACUUGCUGUCAUGUAUUCCUUGAUUUACGAGCAUUAUUUGUUCCAUUAGAUGAUAAAGAAAAAUGCUUUAGGAGUUACGCAUGCACUCAGGACCUCAAGAGCUUUGUGUGAUGGUUAUACGUUCUUUUAUCUUUUUUAUAUUUAUUUUGUAAAUGUAUUAUUUUUCUUACAUUUAUUUAUUUUGGUCUGGCUGUCAGCUUGUGAAUGGUUCUGUUUUAUUUUGAUGCAGGCACUGAUUUUCUAAACUUUGUGAUAGGUGAUUUUUUUUAUUGUCCAGUAUUUAUGCACCAUGUGUGUACAUAGUGACGGAAUGAGGGUGUGAGUAAAGGUUAUUUUUCAUAAAAA